AUGCGCCGGGGGAUGGGCGAGGAGCGAUUCGGCGCUUACUUUGACGAGCAGACGAUCCGGCCUGCGGACGUGGCGGAGGCCAUCGUCCCGCUCCUCACCUCCAACGCAAAGGUGACGGGCCAGCUCCUCACAGUCGACGCGGGGCAGCAGCUCAACGUGCUGUCGCUACCUGCGGGUGUGCAGGCGAGCGCCAAGAAUGGAGCCGCGCAAUGA